CAGAUUUAUUUAAUUUAUUUAAAUUUCCCUUCUUCCUGUUUCUUUCGGUUUACUAUUCUUUCCCUCAGCAGGAGAAAAAAAGAAAAGCAGAAUAGGGAUUUAUGGAUAUGAGAGGCAGAGUGUCGUCGUCAUCACCAUCGAACAAGUCUCCGGUUGGAUCGAAUUUGGAUUUCUGUUCUAACUUUGGUCGUGUCUUUCUCAGUCAUCCGUUUGAUCGAUUGACGCCUUGGUUGCGGUUUUAUCUUCCCUAAUAGUUUCAACUUAAUAUAACCCCAGAUAUUAAGAUUGAGGUGUUGCUAAGGCUUUUCAUAGCACGGUGUCAAUAGCUGUAUAAGGAAGGCAUGCUGUGAAACAACAUGAACGCUAAUGCGAGCCCAUCCUAUGCCAAAAAGUUACAGGCGAAAGGUAAGUCUCCUGGUUGGGCUGCCUUUGAUCUCAAGCAGCGUCAGAAACAAGGUCUUCCGCAAGUCGGCAACGAUCCUUUUCCACCCUUACCAACCACUAGCACCACCUCCUUUCGUCCCUGUGGAAACCCACCGAGCAAUAAUGGUUAUUUUGAAGGAGCUUAUUCAUCCGUUUUGCUACCAUCCGCAGAUUUUCCAAGCAUAGCAGAGGAUAGUAAUUGCAAUAAAUAUACACGAGUUAGUGAUUAUGGUCAAGUUGAGGUUAUUGAAGAGAAGAAACCUGCUUUUGUCUUAAACCAUCUCAAAGAACUUCACAGUUGGGCUGACAAAAGCUUGAUCGAGGAUGUCAUGGCCGCUGUGAAUGGUGAUAUUGAUAAGGCCACAGUUUUCUUAGAAGAGAUUAUUUCUACUGACAACUCUGAGGAGAAUGGGGAAGCAAAGUAUUUCUCUAAUUGUGAUGAUUUUCAAUGUGACACAGAGGAAGAUGAGAGUGUUUUGUUAGGACGGAACUCAGACCUUGCUGCAGACAUAGCCGAUCUGAGCUCUACACUUGAGGAUGCUCUCAAAGGUAAUUACAAACAAUCGAAGAAUGUGCAUGCUGCUUGUGGACAUAGACUUUCUGAGGCUGCUGCUGCAAACAUGAAACUAAUUCUGGGGCACAUCAGAUCCUUUCCUGUUGAGCCUGAGUGGGAAGAGCAUGAUGUUUACUUGAGCCAUCGAAGAAAUGCACUAAGGAUGAUGAGGUUGGCAGCUCGGCAUUCCAGGGCAGCCACUAAUGCUUUUCUGAGAGGAGACCAUUUUUCUGCCCAACAGAACUCACUGAAGGCUCGUAAAGAAUGGUUGAAUGCGGAAAGACUCAAUGCUAAGGCAGCUAAGGAAAUUUUGAGUAUAAGAAAUAGUGAAAAUAACCCAUGGAAGUUGGAUUUGCAUGGUCUUCAUGCAGCAGAGGCUGUUAAAGCCUUGCAAGAACAUCUUAACAAAAUUGAGACACUCCUUUUAAAGGACCGACCAGUAUCACCUGGUAGAUUCAAGACAAAGAAUGGUAUUGUGAGUUCAUCACUUAAGCCCUUUAUUAGCAUAGACAUGGAGAACUUGGAUAAACAACAGGCAGGACUAAGGCAUAGAACAGUAUCAUUACAAGUAAUUACAGGCAUAGGCAAUCACAGUCGGGGUCAAGCUGCAAUCCCAACAGCAGUGAGAAGUUUCCUUAGUGAAAAUGGAUAUCACUUUGAUGAAGCAAGGCCAGGUGUAAUUUCUGUUCGCCCCAAAUUCCGUCACAGAUGAAUGAUCAGUUAACUCAUGGAUGUGCAGAAUCACAUCCUUGCAUCCUGAAAUGUAGUUAAAUGGCCAAAUGUAUAAUUUACCUCUCAUAUUUUUAUAAAAUGUCAUUUUACUCCAA